AUCAUCGCCAACGAAACAGGCGUCCCAGCUAGCCAGAUAUCCGAUGACAGCGACCUCUCCGCGCUUGGGAUCGACUCUCUGUUUGAGUCUGACUAUCCUGUCUCGGCUGCGGGAACGGCUUCAGAUCGAUCUGCCGCAGACACUCUUUGAAGACUGCUCAACGAUUCAUGAUCUCCAGCAUUACUUCUCCACGUUGACCGGUCCAAGUAGCAGAGACUCGACGCCGUCGUCGGAGUCGAUUCUGACUCCGCAAACGGAUGAUCCCGAGUCCUUGUCCAGUGUCCGGGACACGGAACCGACCGACAAGACAUCUCAUCUGCGCUCGCUCAUCGCGCGAGAGCUCGGAAUCGACGUUGAGGAGCUCCUGGCAGCCGACGAUCUGUCUGCCGUGGGAAUAGACUCUCUGAUGGCCCUUACCAUCGCUGGAGCAGUGCGCGAGCAGCUUGGGAUCGCGGUCCCCCCGGACGAUUCUCACGGCCGGAUCUUCGAUGACCGAUAUUGA